AUGGAAACACCAACUUCACCACCCCAGCCAACGCCAACUCCAACUAGUACGACCAGGACUGACGACAACGCAGUCUCCUGGAUCAAGCGACUUCUCUGUAUACCUGCUCUUGGUCUCUUGCUUUGGGUUAGCUACUCAAUCUACACACCUGACACUGCGGCGACCAGCUUUCGAAUUUUAUUCUCCAUCAUCUAUCUCCUCGCAGUACUUGCACCGCUGUUCACAAAAAACGAUCCUCCAAGCGAGUUUCUUGCAACGUGUUGUCACUGGCUCGGAACCUACGAUCUAAUUUCAUUACUAUACACAACCGUAACACCCAACGGCGUUCUCAAGCUCCUAUUACUCCCCUCAUACAUAAUCAUUGCUUUUCUCCUCACGGCACCAAUCAUGACAUCCCUCCUGAUUCUUGUUGAGGGCAAGUUCGACUCCGAACGGUUGGGUACCUUUGGGGACCUUGUGCUAUGGAUAAAGGCCCAGCUACUCUUCGUUUACCACAAGGUUGUAAGUGCUUUUAUUUUAUCAUUGCAUAAGAACAGAUAUGAACGUGGUUUUGGUUUUUUUCAUCGUGUCAGACACAACCCACCGACAGACACAGAGAAGUGUCCGAAUCAAAUCAAACAGACUCGGCGGGAAGAGAAGGACAAGACUGAAUUGGAAACUCAGAAUUGA